ACCCCUGACGAAGUGAGUGAGGAUCCAUCUGCAGAUGGUCUUCGGCGAAUCACAGAGGUGGAGUUCAUCCAGAAAGUCGAAGAAGAGGAGCGUGAGUGGGCUGAACGUGCUGAGGACUUGAUGUCAAAUCUCACUUUCGUAUCAGCGGACGAAAAAAGCGCUCAAUUGGAAUUGAAACGAAAAACUGGCAAAACGUUUUUUCGUUCAAUAAUCUACAACGAGGGUGAAUUACAAGGAUCGGAUCUCAACGCGCCUCCUUCACCAUCUAAUCCGCAUCCAUUUGAUCCAUCAAAACAUGCCCCUCCAGUAUACAGUCGAACUGUUGUUCCGUUCGUCAAUCACUCUCCGUUAUUACAAGCACUUGCAGACAUCGGUAUGAACCUGUUUGAGGUGGAACAAACGACCCGAGCAGCUAAACAUAUACUGCGUCUUGAUAUGCAGAAAGAGCUCCAAUGGCUUCUAUCACUUGGCUUUGAAGUUAGCGACUUGGGCGAGUAUCUUACGCGGAAUCCCUUCUUCCUGCUGCAAGAUCUCAGCGAUAUGCAGGCGCGAGUCAAUUAUUUAACAUCGAUGAAAUUUUCCAAUGAAGAUGUCUGCAAAAUUAUUAAGGACUUCAGGUACUGGUUGAAUGUGGACGUGAAAACAAUGGAUUCUCGGUUAGGAUGGAUACAGCAGCAAUUCCAUUUACGCGGUGAUGAAGUGCGGAACCUUAUUCGCAAGGAAGCUCGGGUUCUCAUGUUCGGUUUAGGGCCACUGCAGCGACUUGUCUUGCUAUUCAACAAGGAGUUGGAAUUUACACCGAGCGAAAUGAAGAAAAUACUGCUGACUGAUCCACGAGUAUUUAUGAUGGAUCCGAAAUUCAUAGUGACAAAUUACCAAUACCUCCAUCGGAUCAUGCGUCUUUCUAAUGCUAUAAUUGCUGAACAUCCUCUUAUUCUUCGUUGCUCACAUAGUAGUAUUCGAAACAGGCACGAGUUUUUGAAGAAACUGGGAAAAGCCGUGUAUGAGGGUGCUAUUGUAGACGAGAAGGUGGAAACUCCUCCGAUAGAGAAGGAUGAUUGUAAGGUGAGCGCUUAUGAUCUUUGUUUUCUCAAGAUCUUCUUGGAUCCUAGCGAUGAGGUUUUUGUACGAAAAGCAGCCAACACGUAUCUAGCCGUCUAUAAUAACUUCCUCCGAAACCACUAA